AAACUAUGGGCUAUAUAUACUUAAAAGGCCUAAUAGAUACUUAAAAGCCCAAUCUGAGAAAAACCCACUAAACUUGAAUACAAUAAGAUAUGUUCUCUAAUCCAAAGCAAGAGGCUCAUACUCACUUCUUCUCUCUCACUUGCACAAAAGAUAAGGAAACAAUGUCUGUGUCAGCGAUCUUUGGCACCGGAAUCGUCACCGUCGCUGCUGCUUCUCCGGUUCUCCGACAAUUCCAAGUUCCGAAAUUGGGGAAUGGAGGAGGAGGAUUAGGGAUGGUGAUUGAGUGUUCGUCGAGGCCGCAGAAGAAAUCGACUGCGCAUCACAGGAAGUCAAGGCCGAAGAAGACUCAGCCUUGGGACGUUAAGAGAAAGCCUACUGUUUAUGCUCCUCUUCCUCCUCUUCCGGCGGAAUGGACUCCUUUCACUCUUGCUUCCGAUGACGGUGGUGCCGCCGCCGCUGCUUCUCCUGCAGGAGACUUAGUUCCAGGCGCUGCCUAGUUGGGUAUGAGUUUAUCUGCUGCUGGGAUGGUUGUAAUCUAGUUUGAGAGCUUUUGCUGUUGUUUGUUUCUGUUAAUGUGUUUUCAGUUUUCUGAUGUUUGUGUUGGCUUUGUGUGUUUGAUUGAUUAAUGAAUGGACCAAAUUUGCGGUUUAUAAAGCUUCAACCUUUUUUUUUGCUC